AUGGGAUCCCCAUGCAGAUCAAGUUUUGCAAAUUUAGUUAUGUCCUAUUGGGAGAAGAAUUUCAUCUUUAAUAAUAUGGCAUUGAAGGAUAAAAUAAUCUUCUAUGCUAGAUUCAUAGAUGAUAUUUUAAUUAUUUUUCAAGGAAAUGAAAAUCAAGCAACAGAUAUGAUAAACUUCUUCAAUAUGAGUACCAGUUUCUUGCGAUUUACUCACACAUACAAUGAAGAAUUUAUAGCGUAUUUGGAUGUGAGAUUAAGCAAGAAUAUGCUUAAUGAUAGUUAUGAAGUGAAGAUAUUUAGGAAAUCAACUUAUUCUAACAAAUUUUUAGAUUUCUCUAGCCAACAUCCCAUACACCAGAAAAAAUCAGUAGUAAAAAGACAACUUGUUAGGGCAGCACGCAUGAUCACAACUGAUAUAGAAUUUGACAAAGAAUGUUUACUGUUAAAACAGAUGUUUACUAACAGACAUUAUCCUCCCAGUUUCUUGGAUCCUAUAUUGGAAGAAGUUAAAAUAAAAAGACAGUUGGGUUACUUCACUCUGAUAUUAAAAUGGAAAGAUGCUAUCAUUUUAGAUGCAGGAGGUGAAAAUAUAGUUGAAAUGUAUACAACACCAAGAGAAGCACCCAACAAAGAAAAUUAUAAUGCAUCAUGGGUCCCUGAGUUUGAUCAGGCCAGUGCACCUGUCAUCUAUGCAGAAAUUGGAAAAGAACUUCAGCUCACCUGCAAUGUAGGUAACGCUCCUUGUGAGGACAUCAGAUUCUUCUGGUUUUGUCAAGGGAAGCAAAUCAAGAGGGGAAUAUGUGUAACCAGUCCAAUGAUAUCUCCAAAGACGGAAGGAACAUUUCAAAUAACUACAAUGCUAAAGUUCACUGUAACAGAAAAAUAUCACUGCAACCAGUUUAUCUGCCAGAUACACCACCCAGAUUUACAGACUCCAAUUGAGAAGAGUUUCAUCGUUAAGAUUAAAGAUUUCCCUUACUUUCUAGGGUAUGUAGGAAGCACUAGUCCUUGUAGGGAAGGCAUUUCAACCACACUCCAGUUCUCUAUAAAUGCAAUGCCAGAAGACACAGAUAAAAAUGAACUUUGUGUGACAUGGUUGAAAAAUGAAGAACAACUUAACAAUGUCGCUCUUGAACAUCCAUGUUCAAAAAGAAUACUGAGCAAAGUUAAACUUACUCCAUCCGUGUCGGAUCACAACAUGAAGUUCGUUUGUCAUCUAGAGCAUUCUUGUCUCAAACAACCACUGGAGACUUUUCAUCGCUUCGCCUUACAAGGACGCCCAAGAUUAGUUGAUACUUCAGUAGAACCACAAGUUCUUAUCGUAGAUAAGACUGCAGUUAUCAACUGCAUCAUAGCCUCACCGGACCGGAAGGUUUCCUUUCACUGGGAAAAGGAUGGAACAGAGAUCACAGAUGGAAUUUCCAGCUAUUCAUGCAUGCCAUUUGACUGGAAGUUACGGAGGGUACAGAAUAAGCAGUUCCAUACCACUGAAAGUGACAAAGUAUUGUACAGAAUAGAAUUAAUUUUCACACCCAGAGAUGCAGAUGUUCAGCUUGAGUAUAAGUUCAUUGUUAAACACCACGACCUGGGGUGUUGUGUGGAGGAGACCUUCAGGCUUCUGGCACAGAGGACAGAAGCUGAUUUUUCUGUGAAAAAAGAUGCUGAGCUUCCACUGCCACCCAUUGAUGUCUAUGCAACAAUUCACAAGGAACCAAAUGAAAAUGUUAAGGAAAUAAUAUUUCGCAUGAAGGCCGAAAGAACAGGAAAUCUGUAGAUUUGUAACCCUGGGAAGACCGUUAUGCAUGAAAUCAUUCCUUUAUGGAUGAUAGCCACUGACCUUUAUCAAAAAGCAGUUUGUAGCACUGUUUUAGCUUUCUGUACUACCCACGGGUACUAAGCAUGUAACACUACAGGCAGUUUUUAAGUUGUACUGCUGUACUUUCCGCCAGAGCUCCAGAAUAUCAUUUUCCAUAUGCUAUUAAACCCAAAUGAAAUGAAGUACACACUGUAUGGACAUUACAUGGUCUUUCACAGCAGGAAUUGUGAAUACUUCGAAGGUAUUUCUCAAUGAUUGACAAAUGUGCAUGCCUUUAUUUGACCAAAAAAUGCUGCUUGACAUAAACCAGAGACUUUAAGUAAACGCACUGGAUACUGAUCAUACACAAGAAUUUACCAAAAUAGAAUGGACAGCAAAUCAACUGAAACUGGAAAAAGUAAGAGAGGACAAAGAGUAAGAAAUGACUUAACUAUAGAUGAUAAAUGGAUAUGCAGAAAACCUCAUUUGGUGUCAGUCAGAACAACAAUAAGCUCCAGACAUUACAGAAAGAGGCCAGUGGAAGUAUUUGCAUGAGAAGUGAUGAUACUGAGAAGCAUAACAUGAUCUUUGCAGGCAGACUUAUAGGAUUCACUCCUGCAGCAUUUUGGUGUCAAGAAUGACUUGACCCCAUCAUUUCUGGCAUGGCAUAUGCACAUAGCUCUCAACCUCUCCGGACAAGGGCUAAAAUAAUGGGGGGGGGACAAAGGACCAAAAACAGG